GUGAAAUUAAGGGUCCGCGUUCCGGAGAAGCGCAUGCCGCUCAAUGCGCUUCGGCUGGUGUUUUUUUGCUGUCCCAGGAAUUGAAGCGCACAAGCAGCGCUCGGUGAUUGUCAGCCUUGCAGGUUGGUGUGCCACACUCAUUCGUCGAUUUCACUUUACAGGCGCCAGAGUAGAACACGCCUCUGCAUGCAAGCCCGGCGCAACCGCAAUCGAUGCAUGGGUAGGGGGAUUGUGUGCGUGGACAUUCAUCGUGAGAGGAAAAAGGAGGCGUUGAAUUAUCAGCAUGUCGAACAAGCCCCCGUCGCCUGCUUUGGCAGGCAGACCUGGUUCUCCACAAUUGAAAAAACCAAGCAUGGAGAAGAUAAAAGCGCGGAUGGUGGAGUGCCGUCGCAGUUUCAAGCUCAAUUUCAGUAACAUGAAUAUGUGGGAAAUUCCACUGAAAUUCGUUCACAUGGCCAAGCACAUUGGUAUUACACUCAUAAACGAAAUCAAUCUUACCAAAAAUCAUUUCCAAGUAUUACCCUUAGACAUGGCAGAGACGAAGCAUAUGAGAGUUCUGAUCUUGAAGAACAAUCGCUUCGCGGAGAUUCCUCGCAUUGCCUUUACAUUUAAUAAACUACAGGUUCUGGACGCAUCAGAUAAUUUCAUCAAAGAUAUUGACAUGACGCUGAGUUCUUUAUCAAACAUUAAAGAAAUCGAUUUUACGAACAAUCUUCUUGUUGGAUCACUACCGUGCUUCUGGUCUAAUAUGCCAUUUCUUAUCAGCAUCAAUGUUUCAAAAAACAAGUUAACUGCGAUUCCAGCUUCAAUUGAAUUGGCAAAAUCGCUUAUGAAGCUGAAUGUUAGUGAGAACGACCUAACGAGUUUGCCAGCAUCACUUGGAAAGUUGAGCGAGUUGGUGGAACUGGACGUUCACAUGAACCGGAUGACAGCUUUGCCGUCAACCUUGGGACACCUCAAGAACAUGCAGAGUUUGGAAUGCAUGGAUAAUCCAUUGACCGAGCCUGGUUUGCAGCUCUACCUACAGGGUUUCUUUUCAUACAUGGGGUACCUUCGAACGCAAUUUCAAGAAGAGCAACUUGAGUCCAAAGCUAUAGAGAGACCUGGCGCUCAAUCUGUUGGUUCAUACAAGCGAUACUACACAAAAAGUGAGCUCAAUAACUGGCCAGUAGCAAGGACAGGACAUUCUGUCACUCAAGCCCUUAAUGUCACUUACAUGUUUGGAGGAUUCAUCAACAAAUAUGGGAGGGUUGAUGAGCUGUAUGGUAUCAAUUAUUUAACUCUGAUAUGGGGACGACCUGUGACCAACGGAGACCCACCAUCUUGUCGCGAUGGGCAUGCAGCUGCUUUUGAUGGUACACAUCGACUAUUCUUCUUUGGAGGAAGAAGUGAGGAACAGAAACUGUUGAAUGAUUUUUAUUAUCUCGACCUUCGGUGUAUGUCGUGGGUCAAGCCGUUACUGGAAGGAGCGUCGCUACAUGCGAGAGAAGGUGCGAGUAUGGUAGCAGUUGGAGAUAAGAUUAUGAUCUUCGGAGGACGUGGUGCCAAGCAAAGAUUCAAUGAUCUCCACAUUCUUGAUGCUAAGACAUGGACGUGGAACCCUCAGACAACAAGAGGAUCGAGGCCAAACCCGCGUCAAAACGCAGCAAUGGUAGUGAAAGAUAACAUUUUAUACAUUCAUGGAGGAAGAUCCGACUUAAUUUUUGAUGAUAUGUAUGUCAUGAGCACUGUUAACUUCAUUUGGAUCAAGGUCAAUCAAACAGGAUUAGAACCAAGAUAUGGACACACUGCCAAAAUAAUGAACAAUAAGUUCUAUAUUGUGGGAGGUAUGAGUAAAAGUGGUGCAGCAAAGACAAGUAUGUUCUUUAUGGGAUUACCACCUGUAGACAAUCUCGAGGAGAUAACCAGCCAGCAGGCAAUGUUAUUACCGCUUGUUGAGAGAAUGCAACUUGCAUACCAUGAGACACAUAGCUGGAUCGAAAUAGACACCGAGCUCUCACCAAAACCCGCAUCUAGUUUUUGUUUUCAUAAGGACUUGCUUCUGGUGUUACAAAACCGUGAUGAUUCAGAGGAACAAGUCACGGUCGAAGGCUUUGCAGAUUCAGCUGUUUGGGACGUUUAUUUGGAGACUGAUGCUGCAACUCUUAAGCCAAAAGUACUUCCACCAAAAAAAUCCAAACCACCAGACACAAAGUCAAGUCGUGUGGCAGAAUUAUUGGCAGAUGAAACUAAGCUUCGUGGACUUCCAAGAUCAUACCAAUUCCUAACCGAUGCUGAUAUACGCCUUCAAGACCAUGUGCAAAAGUGGCAGAAACGGUUUGAGCAACUUUAUAGAGACAGGAGAGCAUGGAGGAUUGUGAUCCAGAAUGAAGCAGGAAUUCCUAAGUUCCUCAGCAGCGUAAUUAGACCAUCGCAAUUGAAAUACCCUGAAUUCUUCUACUGGGAGGGCCUUUGCGAUUUCCUCCCAGGUUUCCUGAAGUACGAGCCUUUGGAGAAUCCACUUGAUUUUCCCAAAUAUUUGCCGUCUCCUUCAACUAUUCUCCAAUGGGCAAAGGCAGAUUCAUUUGACUUCGCAACAGUGAUGGUUUCAUUACUUCUGGGCGUUGGGUAUAAUGCAAUGUGUGUGUGUGGUUAUGCACCCAUAGAUAUCACCACAUGCAAUGAGGUCUCUUUGGCUGAUGUACCCAAAAAGUACGACAUUAUCGUACAACCCAUUUUCAAUGCAAUGUACUUGGAAAAGAAAAGAAUGGAGCAAAAUUUACUGAGACAAAAAUUUGUAGCUGAUUUUAAUGACACUAAUUUGGAGGUGAUUCUUAAAACACCAUUGAUUGAUGGACAAACGGAUAAUGGGGAUUUGCUAAUAAGCUUCUUAGAAAAGAAUGCAUACUUGCCAAUCAAAGAAAAUGAGAUCAACGAGACGAAUCCAGUGGUCCAUGCUCCACUUUUGGAUCCUUUGGAUACCCAACGAUUGCAUUGUUGGAUCAUAAUAUUUAAGGGUGACCGAGAAAUGGCAGAUACCUUUUAUUUGGAGCCCACAACUGGUAGAAAAUAUGCUUUAGACAAGUCACCAUAUCAAGGUGUUGAAUUUGCAUGGAAUCAUACCAACUUGUGGGCAAAUAUGCAAAUUAGUUCAACAAGAAAAGGCAUUGGAGAUAUAUCAUGGGAUUUGAAGAAUAUAAACUUAUGGGAGCCGGUAUUAGAUGAGGCAACACAGUAUGUUGAAGAUCCUGCAAUAGAUCCUACUAUUGCUUUUGGAAAAAAAUCAGAGGAAGAGCAUGAAAUAGAACAAAGUACCCCUUCCAAAAAAACUAAGGAUUUCAUAAUCAAAAAGAAUAUAUAUGGUGACAUUGCUAGUUAUCAUUGGUUUCAUGGUGUUUCAUGGAUUCCUAAACUUGAAAUUCCGGUAGACAAUUAUGUAAAGAGGUGUCCAAAAGGUUGCAAAAAGACAUUAUAUGACCAUUGCGCACACAUCAUGUUUGCUUUUUAUGGAAAUUACAUGCGUUGGGAUGGACUCAUAGAACGCUUAGUCUACUAUGAAGACCACAACUACAAAGACUUAAUUGAAUGUCAUGAUUUCUAUGAACGUCGAAAAGAUAUGCUCAAAAAGAGAGUAUACUUCAUCAAACAAAUGAAAGUUAUGGAGGUCUUUGGACCCGGAACAACAUCCGGCAUAAAAAUAAUAAAUAUCAUUGAAGGGACAUCUCGUAGCUUUGAAUAUUAUCCACAAGCUCGCAUUGACGGGCUUCAAACACGAGAAGAGGUGGUAGGAAGGAUGGUGAAGGAGACAUUUGAGCACAAGGAAAGUGGCAUGGUGUAUCGAAGUGUGGUGUACGCUCUACCAUCACUACCCAUUGCAAAUGAAAGCUUGCCGGAUUCUACCACACAAAGCUUUGAUCCAUCACUUGUAGAUAGAACAACCAAGGGAAGUGACUCGGUGGAGAGAGGUAGCAUGACCCAGGGGAGUGUGUGUCGUGGAAGUGUGGUUAGCAAGCGGUCAAGUAUGCAAGACCGCAAGUCCACUCAAGCCACUCCUACCAAGCGAAGGACAAGCAAAUCAAAAAUUUGUGUGAAACGAGGCAAAGCACAGCCUUCAAUUGCAGAAAGGCUUCAAAGACUUCAAGAGAAAAAAAACAACCAAGCUUCCAGUGUUUGUUGCGGAAUUGUAUCAGAUCAAUUGCUACCAAUCGUGAAAAUAACUCAAAAAUAUGGAUUUAGAAAUGAUGUAAAUCCUUCUGACAAUAUUGCAAAGAAAGUCUUCAGGAUCUCUCUACAGCAGAUUAGAGUAGAUUACCAUUUUGUGCAUGGCCGUAUCACCAAUAACACCAAAGUUUAUGAAAAAGAUGGUUCAUAUUCAUCAAUGCAUGUUGAUCCAUUUUUAGAAAAGAUGGGAGGUUUUGCACAAAUUGAUGAGUACCAUCACCUUCAAAUAGCUGAAAAGGAAAGCAUCCAAGGAGUACGAGAAGCGGAGCAAGAUGUGAUAGAAUUAUUGGAACAACGAGCUCGAGAAGAACAAUGCAUUGUACUAAUGACACCUUUCUCGGACAUUGCCCAAAUGAAGAAAGACGAUCUAGUUGAAGAAGUAUCCAAAGUUGAAACAGAUUAUUUAUCACCACAUUUCCCUGUUGGUAUUAAACCAAGGCAGCAUCUAUCUCGUCCACAAAUGUUGAUUGUUAGAGAAAAUUGCAUACGUGCAUUGAGGGAUAAACAUGUAGCACGUGCAGCUAUUAUCCAAGCACGCUAUGAAGAAGAAACAUCAGCACUUGCAAAGGCACGAGCAAAUUAUGAACGAGAUAGAGAAGGUAUGACAGUUGCCGAAGAAGAAGAAUAUGAGAAGUCUUGUGAACAAGCCAUAUUUCGUAUCCGCAUCUUAGAAGAACGCCAUGCUUAUCAUGAAGAACAAUCACUGAAAAGGUAUGCCGAGAUGAAUGAGAAGUUGAAGAAUGAUGAACGUCUCGCUGACCUUUACACAUCAGAAGAUUAAUUGUUAUCACAAAAAAAUUGGAGGAAAGAAUCUGACUGAAAGGAUUACUAAAUGGCCUUUUUUUUUACUUGCAUAUUGCAUGAAUAAAGUGCCCAAUUUUGAUAGAUUGCCAUAACUGAGCUUCUGAGAAAGACUUUUCGAAAUUUUCAAGACUUCAGUUGUACCCGAAGUAAACAUGUGAACGUUUUUGUACUAACCGUGUUGAGCAUAAUUUUUUUGUUAUGUUGAU